GCACUUCAUGAUGCUAAUUUGUCAGAAUAUGAGACAUUCAUAAAAAUGCUCUUAUCACUUAAGAUGUAUAAGGCAGAAAAUAAGGAAAAUGUUAAAGAAUUAAUUAAUGUUUUUGUCGAAUCAAUUGCUAGAAACGAUGAAGUUUUUGAUCCUAAUAACCAUAUAAAAGUUCAAAAGCUUUUAUUAUGUGGAAAAACACUAAUACCAUAUUUCGAGAAAGGGAUCAAGAGUACCACGUUCCUCGCAUUUCUCGUGAACAAAGUUUUACCCAAUGAUACAUUUUACAAAUUGCAAGAAAAACAACAGAAAAGCAUUUUACGAUUUUUAGCAGAUUGUAUUAGUGGGAAACAUACGGAGGCGACGAUCAAAAGUGCGGCUCCAUUAGUUAAGGAAUUAUUCAUUCGUGAAAUACCCUCUCCACCAGAAAAUGACAGUGAAGUAGAACCGAAAUUGGAUUUACCAAGGGUUGAAUAUAUUGUAUUUACAUUAUAUUGUAUUGCAUCCAAGUGCAUUGCUCGAAUUAAACAAGGUUUGAAAGAUUUACAAAAACGGGAGCUAAAGGAUCAAGAAACCCAAGAGAAAAUUAAAAAAGCAGAAGGCGGCCAGAUUGUGACGAACAAUAUAUUAAAUAUGACAAAGGAAUUGAUGAAGCCUCCGAAAGCGAGACAUUUCACAAAGAUCCAUCAUUCCUGGCAAUCUUUAACUCCAAGUAAUGUUGUACCAGCAAAACGUCCUGCUGACUCCAGUUUACCUGUUACGUCAAAUAAAAAAGUUCAAAUAGGUGAAAGUCAAUUGAUUACCAAAUCUCCUCAAAAAAUCAAGCAAUCUUCAAAAGGGGUGGGUGCCCCUCGUACAAUUCAAAAUCGUCAGCAGUUAAAUACUUCUAGAAGUAGUGGUAUAAAUAAUAAUAGUUUUAGGAGUAAUGGAGGAGGAGGAAGUCCUGGAAGAAUUUCCAAGAUCAAUAGGAACUAUGCAAAGACCAAUCAACCGAAUUUAUAUGUCCCUCCACCAAGAAGAGAAUAUACAUUAGAAUUGAGAUUAAAUAUGACAAUAAAUUCUGUUAAAUUUACAGGAAAUUAG